AUGAUUUCCCUGGUUGACAGUAGCCCGGCAUCGCCGUGGUGCCCAUCAAUCACCGUCUCACUCUACUCGUACGGUCAUGUCAAUGGCCCAUUUGUGACACCGAAAACUCAGGAACAGAGCUCAACACUGUUUUCAUUAAAUAUUCGUCAUCUUCCAAAUCCACCGCGAAAUCUACGGGCCAUGACUACUGGCCUGUCAUCUCGGCUGCGGAAGGAAUUUAUAAAAAAUGCCACAGUGGACAACUUCCUUGAAAGAACGCUGAAUGAGAUUAUCAACUCACUAAAGACAACUUGUGAUGCAUUAUUCCAAGAAGAUUGUUCCUUGCAGAAACUCAAAAGCCGCAGCAACGAGUUCGAAAUCACGACAACUAGCACUCACCAGAAUCCUGAUAUCUCGUUAGUGGUGACUGUGUGUUGUGAGGAGGGCCGCCACCGAAGUGUUGCUUUUGUGGAAGAAUUGGCGAAAAGACUUUCACUGAUGAGACAUGGCGCUGAUUUGUCUCUUGCUUGGAAACUGAGUGUUACUACUUCCCAUCGAGAUCUGGAAGCCUUGGGAUUUGCUCCCACCAGUUCAGACUCAAUGGCAAGCCAGCAAAUCGGGAAAUCAUACAUCAAGAGUAAGAAAGAGAAAGGAAAGAAUGCCAGAAAGCUGAAUCAGAAGAAUAUGAAUGGAUAUGAGGAUGAGAUGUUGUAA